ACUCACUACGAGAAUUAAACCCAGCAAGGAGAUGGCGAAUGCAGCGAUGACUGGCUACACGCCACCCGCUCCGUUUGACCCUGCCCAGGAGAAGUGGGGAAUAUAUAUGACCCGUUUCGAAAGUUUCCUGGAGGCAAACGAACUACAGGGAGUCUCCGACAACCGCAAACGGGCUUACUUCCUAAGCCACUGUGGGUCCGCGGUCAUCGCCGUCGCAGAAGCCCUGGCGGAGCCAACACCGCUACAAUCCGUAUCGUGGCAGACCCUUCAGUCCCUCCUGAAGAAUCAUUUCGCACCAGCCCCGUCCAAAUACGUUCGACGGUACGAGUUUGGAGAGCGCAGGCAACAAGAAGGCGAGUCUAUCAGCGACUACAUGGCAGCCCUGAGACAAGCCUCCAAGCAUUGCGAGUACCGCGAUCUGGACGAAGAGCUGCUGGAACAACUUAUACGGGGGGUCAGAGACAUCCGUUUGAGGAGACGGUUGCUAGCCAAGAGCAACCUGACAUUGGCAAACGCUCUGGACGAAGCCAGAGCCCAUGAGAUGUCCACCCAUGCAGCAGACACCUUACAAAAGCGACUCUCGCCGAUGGCGGGCGCAAAGCCGAGCUCAGUCCACCACGAAGGAACCUAUCGUGAGUCAACCAGCGAAGAGGAGGAAGACGUCCACUACACCGGAAAAUCGACAAGGGAAGACCCGGAGGAAUGCGGAAGUUGCGGGGGGCGACAUCAGCGCCAAAGAUGUAAGUUCAGGGACGCCAUUUGCCGGCGGUGUGAGAGGAAGGGGCACCUGGCUCAAGUCUGCCGAGCACCCCAACCUUCCCGCCGAAAAUUCAAAUCGGCCAAUCAGAGCGGCUCUGAGUCAGAGAUGCAAACCCCACAGUCCCGCCGAAAUUUCAAACCAGCCAAUCAGGGCGCAGGAUCGGCAAGGCGAACCGCGAUUGGCCGAGAAAGAAAGGGCGCGAAAGCAAACAGAAUGACUAUCACCAUAGACCACGCAGCUACCCACGUCGAAGAAAAAAUCUUCACGAACCCGAAAAUUGAAGGUGUGCCGUGCCAACUGGAAGUAGACACAGGAUCAGCAAUCACAAUUAUGUCCUGGGACACUUUUGUGAAAGCCUUGCCGCACAUCGCCAAGCGCAAGCUACAAAAACAACGGCUCCGGGUGCAAGAUUACCAAGGCAAUCGCAUCCCUGUUCGAGGGACAACGACCGUCCGGGUAGAGUACGGGCAGCACAAGAAGACCCUGCCCAUCACGUUAGUCGAGGGAACCUUGCCUAGCUUGCUGGGACUGGACUGGUUCCGGGCAUUGGGCAUGGGGGUGACUGGCAUCCACCGGAACGGAUGCGACCUGCAAAAUGCCCUAAUGGAGGAGUUCGCAGAGGUAUUCGAGGACCGCCUAGGCAAGUACAAGGGGACCCCUAUCUCUUUCAAUUUAGACCCCCAAGUAGCCCCCAUUCGGUUAAAGGCAAGGAGGGUUCCCUUUGCCCUCAAGCCAAAAAUUGAUAGAGAGAUAGAUAAAUUGGUCAGUCAGGGGAUACUGGUGCCAGUCGACCAUGCUAAGUGGGAAACGCCAAUCGUUACUCCCAUAAAGCCAGACGGGUCAAUCAGAAUUUGUGCAGACUACAAAGCUACCCUGAACAAAGCCUUACAAAAAAGCGCCUAUCCAGUUCCCGUGGUGCAACACUUGUUGCACUCACUAGGGCACGGACAAGUUUUCGCCAAAUUAGAUUUGGCACAAGCCUACCAACAACUACCAGUAGACGCCAGCACAGCUGAAGCCCAAACCAUUGUAACGCACCGAGGUGCCUUUAAAUGCACUCGGUUACAGUUCGGGGUGAGUGCAGCCCCUGGGCUAUUCCAAAAUUUGAUGGAGCGACUCCUACAAGGGCUACCAGGAGUCGUGCCCUAUUUCGAUGACGUGUUGAUAUCGGGGGAAAACUUGAAAGAACUGGGAGAGCGGUUGAGGAAAGUUUUGGUCAUUUUUCGGUCAGCUGGCCUGAAAGUUAAAGCAAAAAAAUGCCAGAUUGGGGUCGAGUCCGUUGAGUUUUUGGGCUAUAGGAUAGACAAGAAGGGAAUUCACCCCACUGAGAGCAAAGUGAAAGCGAUAAAGAGAGCCCCAGCACCCAAAAACAAGACAGAGCUUCAGGCUUUCCUGGGUCUGGAAAACUUUUAUGCAGUAUUUCUAAGGAACAAGGCAACCAGCAGGGCAUUUGAGGCAGUCAAAGACUUGCUAUCAGGUGAAAGCCUGUUAAUCCAGUAUAAUAGCAGACUGCCGUUAGUAUUGGUAUGUGAUGCAUCUCCCUAUGGGGUAGGAGCUGUACUUAGCCACAGACUCCCAAACGGCACUGAAGCCCCUAUAGCGUUCUAUUCACGAACGAUGUCCCCGGCUGAGAGGAAUUACAGCCAGCUAGAUAGGGAGGCUCUCGCAAUAGUGUCAGGGGUGAAAAAAUUUCACGAAUACGUUUUUGGGCGAGAUUUCGAAAUUGUCACUGAUCACAGACCGUUAUUGGGGUUACUGGCUGGCGACCGCCCAACGCCAGUAGCACUCUCACCUAGGCUGACCAGAUGGACUAUCUUCUUGGCCGCAUACUCCUACAAGCUGCAGCAUCGGCCUGGAAAGGAGCUGGGACAUGCGGACGCAAGGGGAUGGCCCGCGGCGGCGGGCGAACGCUUCAAGGAAUUUGUAAAGAAAAAAGGGGAAUUGUCCGUACAAGGGGGGUGCCUGCUCUGGGGGGAUAGGGUGGUAGUCCCCGAGAAACUGAGGAAAAAAGUUCUGGAACUCCUGCAUGAGGGUCACCCAGGAAUUGUGAGGAUGAAGGGUUUGGCUAGGAGCUAUGUCUGGUGGCCCCUAAUGGACAGGGAAAUCAGUGACAGGGUUGGCCGAUGCCAAGUAUGUCAAGAAUCCAGACCACUACCACCUACGGCCCCAGUUUUGGAGUGGGAGAAACCCCAAGGCCCUUGGUCCCGCAUACACAUUGAUUUUGCCGGCCCCUUCCACGGCCAAACAUUUCUAAUUGUGGUGGAUGCAUUCUCCAAAUGGCUGGAGAUCAUCCUAAUGAAAUCCACAACCGCGGGAGCUGUCAUAUCAGCACUAAAACACCUGUUCGCCACGCACGGGCUACCGGACACCCUCGUGUCCGAUAACGGCCCUCAGUUCACCGCAGCAUUAUUUGAGGGGUACCUGGCUGAAGAGGGCAUACGACAUGCCCUCUCAGCGCCGUUCCACCCUGCGUCG